AUGGAAUGUUUGGUUUAUGCUCACAAAAAUGGAUGUAAAUGGGAUGCAACAACAACAAGAGAAGCUGCAAAAAGUGGUAGUUUGGAAUGUUUAGUGUAUGCUCAUAUAAAUGGAUGUAAAUGGGAUGUGGGCACAACUACUGGUGCUGCUAUGAAAGCUGCUGCUGCUAAUGGACAUUUAGAAUGUCUAAAAUAUGCUCAUGAAAAUGGAUGUAAAUGGGAUGAAAAUACAACUAGAGCCUCUGCAGAAAGUGGAUGUUUAGAAUGCUUAAAAUAUGCUCAUGAAAAUAGAUGUAAAUGGGAUGAAAAUACAACUAGAGCUUCUGCAGAAAGUGGAUGUUUAGAUUGUUUAAAAUAUGCUCAUAAGAAUGGUUGCAAGUGGGAUGUGGGCACAACUAUUGGUGCUGCCAUGAAUGCAGAAGCAGCGGCAAAAUAUGGUAAUUUAGAAAACUUAAAAUAUGUUCAUUUAAAUGGGUGUAAAUGGGAUCAUAAAACAACAAAAGCUGCUGCAGAAAAUGAACAUUUAGAUUGCUUAAAAUACGCUCAUGAAAAUGGAUGUGAAUUGGAUGAAAAGAUAACGGAAUUAGCUGCUUUUAACGGUGAUUUAGAAAUUUUAAAAUACGCUUAUCAAAAUGGAUGCACUUGGUCAGAAGGCACAACUAGUUCUGCUGCUUACAAUGGUCAUUUAGAUUGUUUAAUAUAUGCCCACAUAAAUGGAUGCCAAUGGGAUGAUGAAACAACUAAAGAUGCUGCGGAAAGUGGCUAUUUAGACUGUUUGAAGUAUGCUCAUGAAUAUGGAUGUCAUUGGAGUGAAGGUACAACUGAAGCAGCUGCUAUUUAUGAACUAGCUGCAAAUUCUGACAAUUUAGAAUGCUUAAUAUAUGCUCGUGAAAAUGGCUGUCAUUGGGAUGAAGAUACAACCAUAGCUGCUGCAGAAAAUGGCUUUUUAGACUGCUUAAAAUAUGCUUAUGAAAAUGAAUGUCCAUGGAAUGAAACAAUAUUAAAUGUUGCUGCUGAAUAUGGAAAUUUAGAAUGCUUAAAAUAUGCUUAUGAAAAUGGAUGUAAGUGGUAUGAGGGCAUAACUAGAGUUGCAGCUUUAAAAGGUCAUUUAGAUUGUUUAAUAUUUGCCUAUAUGAAUGGAUGCCGAUGGGAUGUUGGCACAACUAAAGUUGCAGCUUUAAAUGGUAAUUUUGAUUGUUUAAUAUAUGCUCAUAAGAAUGGAUGCUAUUGGGAUGUUGGAACAACUAGAGCUGCUGCAGCAUGUGGUUGUUUCGAUUGUUUAAAAUAUGCUCAUGAAAGUGGAUGUAAUUGGGAUAUAGAUACAAUAGUUACAGCUGCUGUUCAUGGUAAUUUAUAUUGCUUAAAAUAUGCUUUUGAACUUGGAUAUGAUUGGGUGAGAGGUAUUACGAGAGGGACUGCUGCAAAUGGACGUUUAGAGUGCUUGAAAUAUGCUCAUGAAAAUGGUUGUGAAUGGGAUGAAGGCACAACAAGGGAGGCUGCUGCAAGUGGUUGUAUUGACUGUUUGAUAUUUGCUUAUGAAAAUGGAUGUCGGUGGGAUGUAGGGACAAUGAGUGCAGCUGCUGCAAACGGUCAUAUAGACUGCCUAAAAUAUGUUCAUGAAAAUGGAUGUGAGUGGGACGAAAGUACUACAAGACUUGCUGCUGCAAAUUAUCAAUUUGAUUGUAUAAUAUACGCACAUGAAAAUAAUUGCCCGUGGAGUAGAAAUACCAUUCAUGAAGCUAUUCAAAAUAAUUAUAUUGAUAUAAUUUUGUAUGCUAUAGCAAAUGGUUGUCCUAAUUAA